UCAAACUUGAACAGGCUUUGACAUGUCCGAACAUGCCCGGACUUUUCCCAUCGUAGACAUGACCUUCUCAUAUUAAAACAAUCUUUAUCUAUCACAUUUUUGGCGCUCAUGUCUGUUACAAAGUCUGUGAACUUUUGGAUGAUUUUGAUGGUCCCUCGACGAAAGAUUUGCCACGAACCGUUUAUACAAUAUGAAUCCACGUAACGCCUUUGGGGACAUCUCUUAAAACGGCUUAUGGAGUUACGUCGAUGGAUUGAAGUCCUCUGUAUUGUCUCAGCAUUACAGGACUUUCUGGAUUUCCGUGUGUAUUCGUUGCAUUGUCCAAACUCUUAUUAUUCGACCGAUCAUGGAGGAAAGGAAAGAUGUUGCUUAAAAUGCGAAGCUGGAGAAAGAGUGGAACGACAUUGUCUGGUUGGACAGAACGACACCACAAAAUGCAAGGCUUGUGAAACAGGAACUUAUCAAGAGGCACCAAAUGGUGAAAUGAGUUGUCGCAAAUGUGCCAAACAAGAAAAACAAUACAGGAAGCUUUUAACACCAUGCACAAAGCUCACUAAUAUGGAAUAUGGUGAUUGUUAUGAAGGAUAUUACCACGAUAUUUUACUCGAUACUUGUAAAGAAUGCAAGAAGUGUGCGAAAGGUUAUGGAGUUAUAAGGGAAUGUAAUAAAGAUUCCAAUACCUUAUGUGAUGAAGAAAAAUGUGGUAUGGGCACAUACAGUGAUGAGGAGAGUCUGACGCAAAAAUGCACAAAAUGCACAGCGUGUAUAAACGGUGAAGAAAUGUACAAAGAAUGCACGCCAUAUGGAAACUAUGAAUGCCGGCCUAAGAUCACUGCAACGCCGACUGAAACAACAAGCAAAAGCACGAUCUUUCAUAUAACAGCUAUGACCACUCCAAAGCCUCCUUUACCAACACAUGCUAGUCGUGAGAAAGAUCAAAGCUGGGUGAUGCCAUUCUUUAUAGCAGCAAUGGUUAUCGUUCUCAUUCUUUCUCUGGCGUUGAUUAUUGGAGUUACAAUAUGGUGUCACAUACAGUCCAAGAACAGACAACAUAAUGUCAUCGUCCAGGCCGAGGAUCCUCAGCUUGUUCAGAGAUUGACAAAACUUAUGGAAGAGGAAGAAUCCGUUUGCAGUAUGUGAAGUAAUUUGUUCUAAGAGAAUAAAAUUUUUCUCUUUCUUCUGAUCGAUGACAUGUAUUGGACGAAACAACGAGUUAGGAACUGUAUCUAACGAGAUUAGACCAUUGACAAUUUACCAUCUGGCC